CUCAGUUUCUGCUCGUGUAUCGACGAGCGAACAUUGGAUGUUUUAGGUGUAUGGUUAACUUGUGUUUUCGUGAUGUGACAUUUCUCCAGUGAAAAAUUAUAAAAAUGCAAUCGAAUCAACUGCUGACACAAUGUCUCUGGAUUAUGUCAAUAUUGGUACUCGCUGCCGCCAGGAUACACAAACUCGAGAUAAGGAAAGACACACGGCGAUAUAUCGCCCUUAGUACCUUCGGUUUUUAUAAGGGUGGUAUUCUCGAUAUACAUCUGUUGAAUUUCAAGGCCGACCCUUUCGACGAGAAUGCCGUGUUUGGAUUCAGUUUGGAUCGAACGCUAAGCGAUGCGAUGAAUCCAUAUUUAGAUAAUCACCAAGAGAGAUGCGUACUACAAAACAUUUCGAACGUCAAGACCGAUUUCGAGCAGAGGGACAAGAACGCGGUGAUAUAUUUUACGAUGGACUUCAAGAAGUCUUUGUUGAGAGUAAACUGCAGUCAGAACGUGCACACCGCGCACAUCUACAAAGAUUCCAGCAUGCUCGUGAUGUUUCGAAAAAAGAGGGACUCUCUUCCAGCUAAGUUUAGCGAUACGGUUCUUUUUUCACGGCGAAAACGCUCCACCUCGAACGGUGUAAAAAGAUCCGUUAACGAGGAUGAGUUCGAGUCUAGAUCGGAAGUCAGCGUUUGCUCGCGUUUAAAGCUGCCGAUGAACGUACAAACUAUCAAAGGAGAAAAAUAUUACAAUACAAGUUUCACGAUGUACGUCGCCAGCGAAGAGGAGGAGGGACUUUAUAAUCUUUACUUUCACAACUGUCCAAAUUACAAAUACGAUGCUCACGUUGCGUUAGAUUUCACGAUACAAAUAUCGGAGAUCAAUACCGGGAAUUUUCUAAGCGCGGGUGAAAUGCCUUUACCAACGCUGUAUUUUAUGAUGGCGCUUUUAUUUUUUGUGUCGGGUUGUUUCUGGGUAUUCAUCCUUAAAAAGAGCAAACAUCCUGUUUUCAAGAUCCACUACCUAAUGGCAGUCCUGGUGUACUUAAAAUCUUUAUCGCUACUCUUCCACGGGAUCAAUUACCAUUUUAUUAAAACAAAAGGAGAGCACGUGGCUGCUUGGGCGAUUCUCUAUUAUAUUACUCAUUUAUUGAAGGGAGCCGUGCUUUUCAUCACUAUCGUCCUCGUUGGCACAGGAUGGACGUUUAUCAAACAUAUUUUAGCCGAUAAAGAUAAAAAGCUCUUCAUGAUCGUGAUACCGUUACAAGUAUUAGCAAACGUAGCAGAAAUAAUAAUCGAGGAAAGCGAAGAAGGAGACAUCGAACAUAAGACAUGGCGAGAUCUUUUCAUUCUCGUUGACUUGCUUUGCUGCGGUGCCAUUAUAUUUCCAGUUGUUUGGAGUAUCAGGCACCUACAGGAAGCUGCACACACAGAUGGCAAAGCAGCUGUAAACUUACGCAAGCUCAAGCUUUUUAGGCAUUUCUAUAUCAUGAUAGUGUUUUACAUUUACUUUACAAGAAUCAUAGUGUACUUACUUAAGAUCAUGGUACCUUUCCAAUACGAGUGGUUAGACGAAGUGUUCCGAGAAAUGGCCACUUAUAUCUUUUUCGUUCUUACCGGAUACAAGUUCCGACCUGCCUCUGCAAAUCCAUACUUCACUCUUACGAACGAUGAGAUGGCCCAGGCUGACGAGGACGACGAAAUGGACAUCGUUAUCUUUUCUAGUGUUUCCGGGGGCAGCGGUAUCACGGAAGGUCUCAGCAAAGUUAGCAAAGUUCCAAAAGUUUUGAGGCCCGCGACAUCGGAGGUUCCAUCUACUAAAGAAGAAAGGGAUUGUUUGGUCAAUAAAACAGAACCCUCCGACGAAUACGAUUGAAUUUAAUAAAAAUUCAUCGUAACAUUAUCGAUUUCAAUGUGAACAAAAGCGAGGAGGACUCGUUUUUCCAUCUUGUGAUAUUUGGAAAUACAUAGUGCUAGCAGUUCGAACAAGAUCUAAUAUAAAAAAAUUUCAAAACGCGGUCGAACAAGAAUGGAAAUACAUGGUUAGAGAUAACCUUGAUAUCGUUCUCUGGAUCUAUUUUGUAUCUUUUCUUUGAAGCAGAAGCCAAUAUUUUACUGGUUAAACGAUCGAUCAUUGGGUUUCCUUCAAUAUGAAAAAUGCUAUAGAUCUUAUUAAAUUAUUCUUAUCUUCUAUUCGAUUUUAAAGAGACGCUUAGUUCGUUGUUUACUUUUGUUAUUUAUAUAUCACGUUUAGUAUGCGACGCACUUCAUUCCGAGUAUCUCACUUUUUGAAAACGAAAUUUGACUCGGACAUGGAAGUUCAGUGUAAUCUAUAAUUAUUGGUAGUAAAUUGUCAUAGCUAACGGACAAAAUUAACGUAGAGAACGGUUUAAAGAGUUUAAUGUUUUGAAUACGCGAUUUUAAGCGUUUAUACAUUAGAAGAAAAAUUUCGCUGCAAGCUCGAUAACGGGUAAUUUCAGUUUUGAUACUCAUCUUGUCGUAGCUGGAUUUUUUCUUAGGCAUUUAGAGAAACGGUAAGGCAUUUCCAUUUGUCUUUUCAUACGAAACACUUAGUUUUCUCAACGCGUGGAGCCCGAUCCGCGGCAAAUAAUUUUGUGAUAAACGAUACACCAAUCUCAGUGUAUCACGAUCCAUUUUUGUAAACCACUCGAUAACCUUUUACGUAGGGAUUAUUCCGAUGUGAGGAGAGAAUAAAGGUAACCAAUUUUACAACGUUUAACGUGUCCCAUUGCGUAAUUCCAAAAUAUAGUUAUUACCAAUAUUAUUACUUAUGUACACGCGUUAUCAUAAUUAUUGUUAUAUGUGUUACUAUUAAUAUUUUAUUGUGUGUAUAAUAAAAGGGACGCGUUACAAAACCAAGUUGAAAUAAUAAAGCGGAUAUUUUUAUGAAA